AUGUCAAGUAGUUACCAACCUAAGUUUUCAUAUUCUAAUAUAUUUCGGAAAAAGUACUCUGAUGAUAGUUUACAUAGUUUAGAGACAAAAUAUAAAAAAUUAGAAGAGAGUUCACUUAUUGAACAAAGACAUUUUUUAAGAAGCCCUGAAUUAAACACUGAUACAGAUCCUAAAAGCAAAGACUUGGAUAUGCUUUUUGUUCCAAAUGAAGUAUUAACAUCUGUAACUCAAAAAGCUAUAAUAUAUAUUCAACACUUCUACAGAAGAGAACAUUUACAAAGUUUAAGGAAUAUUUAUGAUGAUGUCUUAUCAUCAAAAAAUGAUCGCUCUAUUGCUCUGGAAUUACUUAAAAAUGCAUCUGUAGCUUCUGGAGGAAUUUUACCGAGCUGUCAAGAUACAGGGACUGCUUGUAUUUUUGCAAAAAGAGGUAAAUAUAUAAUGACUCAAAGUAAUGAUGAAGAAGCGAUUUCCCAUGGAGUUUACAAUGCUUAUACACAAAAUAAUUUAAGAUAUUCAAUACUAAGUCCCCUAAGUAUGUUUGAAGAAAAAAAUACAAAGUGUAAUUUGCCAGCUCAAAUAGAUAUUAUGACAAAUUUUGACAAUCCAUUAGAAUAUGAACUACUUGUUAUUGCUAAAGGUGGAGGGUCCUCUAGUCGUACAUUUCUAUACCAAGAAAAUAAAUCGUUACUUAAUGAGGAGAAGCUGAUGAAAUUUCUUAUUAAUGCAGUUAGAAAGCUUGGAACAUCGGGUUGUCCUCCUUAUCAUCUGGUAGUGGUAAUUGGAGGUUUAUCACCUGAGCAAUGUCUUAAGACUGUAAAACUAACGGCUGCGCACUAUUUGGAUGACUUGCCACGUUCAGGAGAUGAAACUGGGCAAGCCUUUAGAGAUAUAGAAUGGGAACAAAAGAUAUUUGAACUAAGUAGAAAUAUUGGUAUUGGAGCUCAAUUUGGUGGUAGACAUUUUUGUCAUGAUGUUAGGGUUAUUAGGUUACCAAGACACGGGGCUCAUACCCCUGUUGGUAUUGGAGUCUCUUGUUCUGCAGAUAGACAAGUGAAGGUGAAAAUAAAUAAAACUGGGGUCUACAUGGAACAACUUGAAGAAAAUCCUGCUCAAUUUCUACCAGAUCAAAUUUCUAGUAGUGAAAUCGAAAAAAGUAGUGAAACUAUCCAUAUAAAUUUGAAUCUUCCUUUAAAAGAAGUCCAGAAAAUUCUUUCAAAUUAUCCUGUAGGUACAAGACUUAAUCUAAAUGGUACACUAAUAAUAGCAAGAGAUAUUGCGCAUGCUAGAAUUUUGUCCAAUCUUAAAGAGACUGGAAAACUACCAAACUACAUGUUAAAGUAUCCUUUUGUAUAUUAUGCAGGUCCAGCAAAAACUCCACCAAAUAUGAUUAGUGGAUCUUUAGGUCCAACUACUGCUGGUAGAAUGGAUCUAUACCUUGAUCCAUUCAUGGAAGCAGGGGGGAGCUUCAUUACCUUGGCUAAAGGUAAUAGAAGUGAAAUUGCAAGACAAGCAUGUCUGAAACACAAAGGAUUCUACCUUGGAGUCCCAGGAGGGCCUGCAGCCUUUCAUAGUGUUCAGAAAAUCAAAAAACUUCAAAUAUUGGACUUUGAAGAUCUUGGAAUGGAAGCUGUCUGGUUAGCUGAGGUAGAAAACUUUCUUGCUUUUAUAGUGAUUGAUGAUAAAGGUAAUGAUUUUUACAAGCAGUGGUUGGGAUAA